AUAUUUUCUUCAGGUCCAGCUCUGGCAGUAAAUGGUCCCCAGAUUCUUCCUCAAUCCCAUCACAGCAGCGAUGAAGAAAACUCUGAGCCCAGUUUCUUGGACAGUAUCUUUUGGAUGGCAGCUCCUAAAAAGAGAAGAACCAUUGAAAUAAAUCGUUGCAGAAGACGACACCCAAAUAAACUGAUAAAAGUCAAGUACAACAUUGAGCCGUGUCUGGAGUGUGGCAACAUGAAACUGAAGCAUACUCUGUGUGGAUUCUGCUAUGAAAAGGUCAGGAAGGAGACCGCAAUGAUACGAAAGCAAAUCUCCAUCAUGGAAGGCAGACCUCUCAACACUCCUGCUGUAGAGUCUGUUGUUUUAUAUGAAAAUGAAACACCCUCUGAAGCAGAUAAGGACAAGAGAAUAGUAGAACGCCACAGAAAACGCCCUUAUUGGUUUAACAUGUAACUGCAAUGAAAUAAAGACUUUUGUUGAAUAAAGAUCACAGUUUCAUGUUCAUGAACUAUUUUGUGAAUGCGCUUAAGUUAACUGUUUAAUUGAUUAGUUAUCAUUUUUAUACAUUUGUUUUGUUGUUUGAUAACAGUCCUUGGCUCAGUUCAUGUAAUGUUUUAGUUGAAAAAUGAGUGAUAUGUCAUUUUAAUAGCUGUACGUAGCUAGAGAGGCUGUUGUCCACAGUACUAUAUGAAAUUAUUUAAGAUAAAUACAUUUAUUUGAAAAUUGAAGUAAUAUGCAAUAAAAUACUGUACCAUAUUGUAAAA